ACAUAUGAAGAUCAACGCCAAAUAUAUGAUUUCAAUAUUUUUAAACGAUGAUUAAAUAACGUACCAUUGACGAUACUUUAGUAUAUCGUUUGCUAAUAAUAUGCUUUUGGAUUUUUAAAGCAACCCGUCUAUAAUGUUUCUCCGUUACAGCUUCUUUUUGUUGUCGGACUACUUUGUAAAUGCGUGGCUUUGUUGCUGUGUUUGUGAUGCUCUGUGCUUCCGAGAACUCUACCCUUACCUAUUAUAUUUUUUGAGAAGGAUAUACUCCUAGGACGUGGCUUCUCCUAUUGGAAAUUCAUCCUUGUUUCUCACUUUGAAUAAUGUGUUAUGUUGGAUAAAUAAAAAUUACAACUGUUUUGUUGUAUCUAGUAUAUACUCUGUACAUUUAAAAUAUUCUUCCAUAGUCUUAAUAGUUACUCUUUAUGUAUUCAAUAACGGGAUACAUGUGUACGAGCUCAAAAUGACAAUAUUGCUUUUUCAAUAAAUAGACUAUUAUCAAACAUAAGCUAUGCGUUUUUGUUAUAAUAAAUGCUUUAUGUGCUUUAAGUGUAAUUCAGCUGUCAAGAGAGUUAAGUACUGAUAUCGAAACGAACUUUAUAUCGGAACAGUAUUACAAUAGCAAACAUUUUGUAUCACAUAAUUCAUUAUAUUUUAUUAAUUUAUUUCCACCAUACUAACAAUCGUUUAAGUUAAUUUUACUAGGACAACAUGCUCAGCGUACUCAUCAUUUAUCAAUUAAAAUUAUGUACAAAAUGGUUUAAGAAUAAAAUCAAUGGAUUAUAGAUAAAUAUUUGUUUCCUUGAUUACUUUUUGGAUUACCUUUUUCAUGAAUUUGAUGAUUAUUCAACGUAUGUGUUUAUAUUUGACCUAUAGCACAUUUAUGAUUUUGUUACGAAGCUUCGGAUUUUUGUGUCAUAAAUGUCAUUGACUGAAAGAGCCUCGGAAUACAAAAGCAAACAAGUACUAAAUUUUAUGUAUAAAUUUCGCCAAUAUUUCUACAUAUACAAACUUCUGUGUUUGUGUUUUGUAUGAAGUGUUUUAACGCGUUUCAAGACUUGUAAUUAAUCAUUGUCAGUGGUCCUAAGUCAUAGUUUAAGUAAUGAAUUGGUCGCAUAUUGUCUUUUUUAUUAUGAUAAUUCUUGCUCUUUCACAUUGUAUUUUUGAUGGAUUUUACCUAAAAUUUACUCGGCGAAAUCCGGUCGAAAAUGCCACAAAUGAAUCACCUUUUAUUGUAAAUGGAAUAUUUUGGUCCGAUCUUGCCGAGUCGUAUGUUCCGCAAGGCUUAUCGUUUGAUGAAUGUGUUAAACACACUAUACACUUGCAAGGACAAGCUGUAGAAGCUUUAACAAAGUCAACUAUGGGUGUAUGCGGCCGGCAGCUCAAUGCGCUCAUAACACUUAAGGAUGGAACAACAAUGUGUGCCAAAUACAGAGGGAAAUACAAAGCAUACGGUGAAGUGUUGACAUUCUAUCUUUCACGUUUACUUCACAUGAAUAAUGUCCCACUAGCGUUUCUCGUAAAAACAAAUGCAACGUCAGUUUUCUGGAAACAAGUGAACAUAUCGUCACUAUCAUGGGAAGAAAAUCAAAUUGUGACAUUGAUUGAGUGGAUCAGUAAUAGUUCCAAGACAAGGCUUCCCCCUAUCAUAUACGAUGCUUUUAUAAAAAGACAGCCAAUCACUGGUCGCACUAUCAGUUCCUCUAACAUUAUAGACAAAACACCGGAAGGAAUAGCUGAAAUUGUACAAUGGGGGACUGUGAUAUUGCUUGACUUUUUAACUGCACAUCUAGACAGGUAUGUCAGGAUUAAUUUCGCAGAAGGAAGAGGACACCAUCCAAGUUUUUCUUCGAAUUAUACAAAAAACCUAAUCCAUUCUAAAAAUGGGAAAAUAUGGCUGAUCGACAAUGAAAGUACAUUUUUCUUGUCUUAUUUCCUAACAAAAUGUGCAAAAUAUAAUUGUGUAGCACGACGGCUAAGAUUUUAUGAAGUUGUGCUUAAAACGGUUUGUGUUUUUCAACGAUCAGUAGUAAAUGCACUCAUGCGUCAGUUAAGAAACGGCUCAAUAUACAAAAGUCUUUUGUUGCUUUCCAAAACAUUUCAGCCUCUACAAGGUGGUCUGACAUUCGACGACAAAUACAGCUUAAUUGCAGAUGUACUUAAUAAAAGAGUAGCUCAAGUUGUAAAAUGGAUACAGUAUUGUCAACAUAAGCAUCAAUUUUAAGGAUCAUAAUUCCAUAUCACGUCUUUACUUAAAUUUAUAUGGUGUAUAUCAAUACCACCGCGUCCAGUUGUUACUCUGAGAAAUUGGUAACGUAUGGAGCCUUUUUUGGUUAUUUGGGGUAUGAUAAAUUGUCAUUUUCAAUUGAAAUUAUUGUCAGAGAUGGCAUAUAGCACAAGAUGUGCUCCGACAUUGAUCAUUACUCGUUGCUAUUCGUUUUCCAGCAAUUCUAAGCAUUUUUCACAAUUACUUUGGAAAACCAUGAGAAUACAAGUACGAAAUUGCUACAUAAAGGUUGCAAAGUGAUGUGCACGGCCGUAAAUGCACGUUGUAUCAAUGAAAGUAUGAAGCUGUAGUCAAAUGUCUUCGUUUGGGAACAGCUAUAUCCAAACAUGUCUUUAAUCUUCGUUACUUUUAAGUAAGAGUGUUAUAAUCUUUGUUACUGAAGGCAUGAAGGCAUGUGUAAAGGUUCAACUUAAUACUUGCGUCAUUUUCACAGACAGCGACUUGCAUUCAAAUCUUUAAUAGGAAUAUUCUAAGUAGUGGCAUAUUAAACUUUGUUAAAAUUCAAAUCUGAAUUAAA